AUGGGCUUUAAUGACCACCCCAACGAGGCCGUAGCUCUACGUUUUGUCAAGACGUACACCACCAUCCCGGUCCCCGAGGUCACCAGCAGUGACUGGGACCGCAUUACUAUGGAAUACGUUGAGGCGCUCUGGCAUCUUGGCAUCUUGGCUCAGCUUGGGGGAUACAUCUUGCAGAUACGCGCCCUGGGCGGCAUCUACCUCGGCCGGCUUGACGGUCACGGUGUCGUUGUCCCCAGCAUUAUGACACGCUCAGGAGGCCCCUUUGCCACUAUAGCCGAGUUCCAUGACUGGCUUGUGAAGCCGCCGAAGCGGUUGAAGGCUCAGUCCAUGUAUUUGGCACCAGAUCACGACCCAGCUUGCCGUCGAGAGCCCCAUCGUAUUCACACACGGCGAUAUCGCCGCACGCAACAUCCUGGUGCGUGA